CUUUUAAUGGCCAGAAGAAUUAUCCAAAAUCAGCCUGUUUAGAAAUUAAUAACGAAACAACCAAGUGGCUUCAUGGCAACUCCUAGGAGCAGAAAGUCCAACACCCCCAACUAUGUAUAAAAGGCCAAAGCCAGCCAACCAGAUGAUUCCACUUCAUUCUCUUUAUGCACUCUUCUUCUCCUUUUUCCCCUUGCCCACAACUACCAUUUGCAAUUUAUAUACUCAUCUUGUUCGCAAUUUACUCCAAAGAAAAUUAGUUAACAAAGAUUGAGUUAUGGGUAUUUGCUGGACAUCUCCUGCUUCUCCUCCUGAUCCUCAUCCUAACACCAACAUAUCAUCAACUACAGGGACAUCUGGAAAUCACAGCAGCAGCAGGAACAUAUUUUCAAACACAAGCAGCAGUGCAGGAAGAAGUCAAUUUUCAGAGGCAUCAAGCCCAAGAAUGGAAGAGCCACAGCAAACCAAUGGGCAGAUUUUGGACUCACCCAACUUGAGAGUUUUCACUUUUGCAGAGAUGAGGGCUGCCACUAGGAAUUUCAAGUCAGAUUCAGUGCUGGGUGAGGGAGGGUUUGGGAGAGUUUUCAAAGGUUGGGUGGAUGAGAAAACACUUGCACCUUCUAAGGUUGGCAUUGGAAUGAUGGUUGCUAUCAAGAAAUUGAACCCAGAAAGUGUGCAAGGUUUUCAAGAAUGGCAGUCAGAGGUGAACUUUCUAGGAAGGCUUUCUCAUCCAAACCUUGUCAAGCUAUUAGGAUACUGUUGGGACGAGAAGGAGCUUCUCCUUGUCUAUGAGUUCAUGCAGAAAGGAAGUUUGGAGAAUCAUCUUUUCAGAAGGAGCGCCGGCAUUGAACCACUAUCUUGGGACAGAAGGCUAAAAAUAGCUAUCGGAGCAGCUCGGGGCCUAGCCUUCUUGCACGGUUCAGAAAAACAAAUCAUAUACAGAGAUUUCAAGGCCUCAAAUAUACUGCUUGAUGGGAAUUUCAAUGCAAAAAUUUCAGAUUUUGGAUUAGCGAAAUUGGGGCCGGCUGGUGGAGAGUCACAUGUUUCGACUAGGAUUAUGGGCACCUAUGGCUAUGCUGCUCCAGAGUACAUUGCAACAGGUCAUUUGUAUGUGAAGAGCGAUGUGUAUGGCUUUGGAGUUGUGUUGCUUGAAAUUCUGACAGGGUUACGAGCACUCGAUACGAAGCGCCCUAAGGAGCAACAACAACUGGUAGAGUGGGCUAAACCACUUCUCCUUCAUAAAAGAAAGCUGAAAAACAUUCUGGAUGUGCGGAUGGAAGGUCAAUAUGCCUUCAAGGCAGCAUUACAAGCAGCACAGAUUACUCAAAAGUGCCUAGCACCGGAUCCUAAAAGCCGGCCCUCCAUGAAAGAAGUUGUGGAGGAAUUGGAAAAGAUUCAAGCAAUCAAGGAGAAGCCAAAGCAAUCCAGACUUGCAUCUGCGCAACCUACUUUUAGUUUUGGAAGCAAUAAACAGUCUGUUCAUCGGUCUCCGCUUCACUUUAGGUAUCAUGGCACUGAGUAAAUGAGGUAAAAUGUCAAUUGCAUAGGAACCUGUCAUCAAGACCAAGCGCUAAGGAUACAGCAAGUUGGUAUGUUCAGGCAUCAAAAUUUAAAAUGCUUGAACAUUCAUCUUUUUCUUUCUCUUGUCAAUUUCCAUGGUGAUUUUUUAAUUUUUUGUGUAGCAAUUGUUGAAAUUCAUAACCAAUUUUGUACCUGUAGUCACCACCAGUUUUGAUGAAUUGGAGGAUUGUUUGUUAAAA